UGUGCAGUGCAAAGAACAAAUGAAAUGUCACUUUGAAGAAAUAGCGAGCAGUGGACUGGAGCAGAUGUGUGUUGUGUUUGGUACACAAGUGAAUUGCAUGAUUAGACCGUUGAAAUGUCUGCGCUUUUGGUUUGGCUCGUUCCGCGGGGAAAUGGUUUGCAGACCAUUCUUAAUUUUGCACUGAAGCGGAACACUGGAAUUCAAGUGCCUUUUUGUCCUUUUAGUCGUUCAGUAGUGACCGGAUGUGCAAGUUUGUACAUCAGACCGAGUAGAAGAGUUGUGCACAAAAAGCUGGAAUUAAGUAUAUGUUCUAGAGACACAACAGGAUUUAACUUACCUGGAAACCAGAAUAAGGUAGUUUAUUUUGGCACAUCUUCUAAUCCUGAAGAAUUGGAUCAAGGAAGAUUGAUUUAUGUUGGAAAUCUUGCCAGAUCAGUACUUGGUGUCAAGCUUUUCUCCUACUCAUCAAGUGUCUGCAGUCUCUGUGUGAUGCCUUACAUUCUUUUCAAGACUGGUAUUGGAUACCACAGCAUAAUAGUGCAGGCUGCCUUUUAUGUCACUGUAGGACUAUUCACUUUUAUAACUCCUGUUGCACUACAUUUUAUCACAAAGGGUUAUGUUGUCCGACUGUACCACAAUAGUGUUACAGAUACUUACACAGCUAUUACAUACAGUGUUUUCCUUGCUGAGAAGAAGACUGUUUUUCAUCAGAGUGAUGUGACCAUUCCUGGUGUCAGCAAGAUGUUUACUACAUUUUAUGCAAAGAACAGCUCCAUGCUUAUUAAUCCAAUGCUUUUUCUUGAUACGAGUGACUACAAGCAUCUUUUGGGUUAUGAUAAACCAUUUGCAUUUGAUGCUGAAGAAUUUGAUAAAUCAGAUAAAGACCGGUAGAAUCUAGAGCAUGAUAUUUUGUGUUAGAAUUUUAGAAACAAGAGACAUUUAUUUCAAAUGGUUAAGAUACAUUGUUACUUUUAGAAAGAAAUUUGUUUUUUUUUAAUGUGUUUGAAUAUACGUUUGUGGUAGUGUGUGUCCAAAAGUGGGAAUUUUUGCUGUGCGAUUAAAUUAUCUUCCUUCCUAAAGGAAGAAACCUGUACCAGACAUAAACAAUAAGAAGCAUUAUAAGUCAUACUUAUCUAA